UUGCCUUGGUUUGAACGGUUUAUACUCAGCGAAGUCGGGGGUUUCUAAGUCGUACUUGUGAUGGAAAGCAGAGAGGAGAUGGUGAUGCUGGCGGAGGGAGGUCAGCUCGCCAAGACCGGUUCUAGUUUGUCGGAGGGCAUGGUUAGAGAGUCGCAGCAGGGGAAGCAGAGUCACAGGAGCUGCCUGAGCCCCGGCGCAGCGCCCUAUUCCAGGGACAGGCGCGAGCUGCUGCUGGAGGAGAGCGCACGGAGGAGUAUGUGCGCCGACGUGAGGCCAGUUGGCGCGUCCUCAGCCGGCGAGAGGCACCGGACUGAUCACCCCCACAGAGACGGCAGCAGCUCAGACACAGAGUCGGACUUCUACGAGGAAAUUGAUGUCAGCUGCACGCCUGACAGCAUGGACUACCCGACUGCAAAAGGCAGACAUGGAGACUCUCCUGGUCACCCGAGUGAUACUGGUGCUGACCCGGGUAAAAACGUGCAGGGUCCGGGCUCUCUGUCUUACUCAGCUGACCAGAUUCGCCGGUACCGGACAGCGUUCACCCGGGAGCAGAUCGCACGGCUGGAGAAGGAAUUUUACCGGGAGAACUACGUGUCCAGGCCGCGGAGAUGUGAACUGGCGGCUGCGUUAAAUCUGCCUGAAACUACCAUCAAGGUGUGGUUUCAGAACCGCAGGAUGAAAGACAAGCGUCAGCGUCUGGCUAUGACGUGGCCUCACCCCGCCGACCCGGCCUUCUACACCUACAUGAUGAGCCACGCGGCAGCCACCGGGAACCUGCCCUACCCUUUCCCAUCGCACCUGCCGCUACCUUACUACUCCCACCUGGGUGUCGGAGCCGGCUCAGCUCCGGCCGCCACCCCUUUCUCAAACCCGCUGCGCUCCUUGGACAGUUUCCGGAUGCUGUCUCACCCAUACCAGAGGCCGGAGCUCCUGUGCGCCUUCAGACAUCCCUCCCUGUACCCGGGUCCGACUCACGGCCUCGGACCCGGGGGAACCCCCUGCUCCUGCCUGGCCUGUCACUCCAGUCAAACCAACGGUAUCUCAACCAGGCCGCCCGGCUCGGACUUCGCCUGCUCCCCAACAAGCAGAACUGACGCUUUUGUCACAUUCACGCCUUCAGUGCUCAGCAAAUCUUCACCUGUGACAUUAGACCAGAGGGAAGAAGUGUCCCUAACCAGAUAAAAUAACAAUAAAAUUAAAAAGAAUAAAAAACAAUUCUUCUAUAUAAGCCUUUACACCAUGAGCUUUUUAACAUAACAUAGGAUAUGUUCAGGAAUGAAACAGCAUGAAGUGGUAGCCGGUGAAAGCUUAAACCAUGGGGCAAAGAUAAUUACGCACAAAAGAUCCACCAUUAUACCGAGAACUAAAAAAAAGCCCACAGCAGAGGCGGGACAGUGAAGAUGGCGGCAUCACGGACACAAAACCACAUUUGAUUUUUAGAAGAUGAAUUUGAUGCGUGAAAGUGGAGGGACUCCAGUGAAACGUUUAAAUCUCCUUGAUGGAUGGCCUUACGGUUUUUAUCAUCACUUGUCUCUUUGCGUGUCCACAUCGACCUACAUGUACCGUUAGUUUUCGCGAGAAGGAUGCUUUCCAUCUCUCUUUUUUAACAAGGGGAUCUGUUAACAGACUGCGACCGUCUCAUCUCAUUAUAAGCAGCUCUCCACACCGGGGCCCUCCACGCCGGCACGGGCCGAAAUGUGCAGAUGCUAGUGAAAUUAGUAUGUGAUGUAUAUGUACGACCCGGUGAAUUUUGAGUGUUGAAUUAAUGAUAAUACCAAGGAAGGAAGGGAUCGUUGCUGCCAAAAGGUAACAAGGCGCCAAGGGAACGGAUUACUACAAUCCCGCACGGUUUGAAGAGAAGGAUGAGGAGGGAGGAGGAGGGAGGAGUGUACCCAGAAGAGGAUGGAGAGA